GCACGCGGAGCGUCAGUUCAUCGUUGUCCGUCACGUCGAGCAGGUCUUGCCUUUGAAUCGCCCUUUCCGCGAAUCGACGGACGAAUCUUCGUUUCGAGCCGAUCGACCAAUCAAACGACCUCUCUGCCUGGUUUCGAACAUUUGUAUACACCGAAGAAAGAAUGAUCGUUCGUUCGAUCCUUUUGUUGGUAGUGGCGAUUUCAUUGACGUUUGCCGAUGACACCUCGUCGGACAAUGCUCCUUCCGCCAAACGUGCAUCUAUGGGCUUCCAAGGAAUGCGCGGAAAAAAGGACUUUGCUUCCUCGGAACACGGGCAACCGUCUAAACGGGCUCCCAUGGGCUUCCAGGGUAUGCGUGGAAAGAAAGAUUCGAUAACAGCCGACGUCGAAAACGAACUUUUUCCUGAGGAGACCAACAAGCGAGCCCGAAUGGGAUUCCAAGGUAUGAGAGGUAAAAAAGACCAGCUGACACCUGAUUUCGAGGAUACCUAUCUUCCCGACGACGUGUACGAGAAAAGGGCACCGCUGGGCUUCCAGAGCACGAGAGGGAAAAAGACUUUGCCACCGGAUGAAUACUACAAACGAGCCUCAAUGGGAUUUCAAGGGAUGAGAGGCAAAAAAUCUUUCGAAGAGAUUUUAGAUGAAAUCGAAAGGAGGGCCGCGCUGGCAGGGUUGCAAGACCCAAACAGCAAGGAGACGUACUUGCUCGACUAUCCGGAAGACUACGAGAAAAGGAUACUAGCAAUGGGAUAUCAAGACGUGCGCGACAAGAAGGACGAAAUCCUAGGGGAAUGGGAGAAGAGGGCUCCGAUGGGGUUCCAAGGAAUGAGAGGCAAGAAAACGAUCUUCGACGCGAUAGAAGAACUUGAGAAACGUGCCGCUUUGGGCUUUCACGGUAUGCGAGGCAAGAAGGAUAUGUUCGACAAUUACGUAGAUUACUCGAUCGAUCCGUCCGAUUACGCGAAAAGGGGUACAGACUUUCAAGGUACGGACGGUGGCGAAUCGUUCAAAAGGGCUCGAAUGGGUUUCCACGCUAUGAGAGGUAAAAGGGACGCAUCGCAGAUUUACGGACCUAGUUCGAGUAUCGCCAGAUCGACGAUAAACUAUCAAGGGACGAACAAUCGAGGAAACGAAUUGGCCACCUACGAAAUCGAGAAACGAUCGCCGUUCAGAUAUUUCGGUGUCCGCGGUAAAAAGAAUCCGCGAUGGGAGUUUCGAGGCAAGUUUGUGGGGGUAAGAGGCAAAAAGUCGUUACCUUUGCAAGCUCGUGCCACCUUUUAACGCGUCUAAUUAACAUCGAAAGGAUGCGCAUGAAUGGAAAUUUGUUGACGUCAUUAGAUAUUCAGCGGUGGUAUCGCUGCUCUCGUUGGUAACAAUUGCAACGACAACAACUACCAUCGAUAACAACAAUAGCAGCAACAGCCAACUGUGUAAUUCUAGUCUCCUCGUUUAAACUGAUCCACUUAACCCGAAUAGA